AUGGAAGCAUUUUUUGCAUUCCCCAGUGAUGAAAAGGUAAUAUCGCCCUCAGACUUCAAAGAAAACGAAAGCAACAAGUUCAGUGGACGUAUUCUCAAUUGCAUGACAACAAUUCCCAAUUUGAUUUGUAAAGAACAAAAUGGUUGGAAAGUUGAGCCUAUAAGAGGUCAAUCAUCCCUUUAUUCUUCUCACUUCUUUCUCGCCAGGCAAACUGACUGGGAGACUCAUCUAAUUGGUUGGACGGGUGAAAUAGUUAACAAGCAAACCAACACCAAUUUUGCAUCAGCCGAAAAUAUUCAAGAUGACCCCCUUUACUUGAGCGAUUCUGCUAAAGAUGAGAUUGAACAGAAGAUCCGUGAAGUGAACCAAACAGAGAAUAUACAUCCCAUAUGGUUGUUACGUCGGGAUCAAGAGAGAUGGAGAAAGUACGCUGAGAAUUGUAUUUGGCCGGUAUUCCAUUACAUCCAAAGUCAGGAUAUGAACGGCCGAAAUGAAGGUGUCAAUUGGUAUGACUACGUUAAAUUCAAUGAGAGUUAUUUACAGAAGAUCAAAGCCAUUUAUAAGCCAGGUGAUAUCAUCUGGAUUCAUGACUACUAUUUACUCUUAUUACCUCAGUUAUUGAGAAUGGAGUUUCCAGAUGCUUACAUAGGAUUUUUCCUUCACAUUCCAUUCCCAAGUUCUGAGUACUUCAGAUGUAUUCCCAAAAGAUCGCAACUCUUGGAUGGAAUGCUUGCCAGUGACAGAAUUGUGUUCCAGUCGGAUUCUUUCCAAAGACAUUUUAUCAGCUGUUGUGCAAGAGUGUUGGGCUGUGAAAUUAAAGCCAACAAAGUUUUUGCCUAUGGAUCGAACAUUUAUACUGAUACCUUACCAAUCGGAAUCGAUACCAAAAAGAUUGAACAUGAUUGCUUUAACAGUGCAAUCGACGAGAAGGUUGAUGUUCUAAAGGAAAUCUAUAGUGGUAAAAAGAUAAUUGUUGGAAGGGAUAGGUUGGAUUCAGUUAGAGGAGUGGUUCAGAAACUUGAAGCCUUUGAAAUGUUCUUACAGAUGUACCCUGAUUGGAGAGAUAAAGUGGUAUUGAUUCAAGUUUCAAGUCCCAGCUACUCGAGUCAUGCCCUUAAAAUGGAAAAGAAGGUUACAGAACUAGUAAACCAUAUCAAUAGUGAAUACGGUCUGUUGAAUUCGAUCCCCGUAUUGCACUAUCAAAUUAGAAUAAACAAGGACGAAUAUUUGGCUUUGUUAAGAGUUGCAGACUUGGCUUUGAUUACUUCUGUGAGAGAUGGGAUGAAUACCACUUCUUUGGAAUUUGUUGCUUGUCAAAAGAAGAAUUACUCGCCUUUAAUUCUAAGUGAAUUCACUGGUACUGCUACGGUUCUCAAUGAUGCGAUCUUAGUGAAUCCUUGGGAUUCGGUCGGAAUUGCCAGAACAAUCAACAAAUGUUUGGUGAUGUCGUUGGACGAUAAAAGAGCUUACGAGGAUAAACUCUACAAGAAGGUGUGCUCAAACACUAUCCAAAGCUGGACCAAUAACUUUUUGACUGGAUUGAUCAAUCAACUCACUGGUAGAUCAAAGUACACGUAUACCCCAGCGUUGAACAGACCGCUGUUACUUAACCAUUACUUGAAAUCUGAAAGACGGCUCUUUUUAUUUGACUACGAUGGGACUCUCACUCCAAUUGUUACCGACCCCGAAGCAGCUAUUCCGUCAAAGAGACUCAAUGACAUAAUUGAAAUUCUUUCAGUGGAUCCUAGGAACCAAAUUUGGAUCAUAAGUGGCCGUGAUCAGAAGUUUUUAGCAAAAUGGUUUGGCGAUAAGAAUGUAGGAUUGUCUGCGGAACAUGGGUGUUUCAUGAAAGAUUUAGGGUCAAGCGAGUGGGUCAAUUUGGCUGCUACUUUUGAUAUGUCGUGGCAGCAAGAAGUAGAGGAAAUCUUCCAACAAUUUUGCAAGAAGACCCCUAACUCCUUUACUGAAAAGAAAAAAGUGGCAUUAACCUGGCACUACCGUCGUUCAGACCCUGAUUUGGGUGAAUAUCAAGCCAAGAAGCUCAAGGAAUACUUGCAAGCAACUGUCGUACCCAAAUAUGACGUAGAGUGCAUGAGUGGAAAGGCUAAUAUUGAAGUCAGACCCAAGUUUGUCAAUAAAGGAGAAAUUGUUAAACGGUUGGUAUUGAAUCCUCAUGGAACCAAGCAAGAUCCAAAGCCUAUUGCCCAACACAAUUACGAAUUGGCAGCCGAUCAGGUUCCUGAUUUCAUAUUAUGUUUGGGAGAUGACCAGACGGAUGAAGACAUGUUCAAGAGUUUGAAACAAAUUGAAACAAAUUGGAACUUGAAAGCUUACCCUAGAAACGGGUUCGGACAUUAUGGUGUGUACCCUGUGUAUGUGGGAUCUCCAACCAAGCAAACAAUUGCGACUGCACAUUUGUCUAACCCUUCCCAAGUCUUGGAAACAUUAGGCUUACUAGCAGGACAAGUUUCGGUGUUCGAGAGUGCUGGAAGUGUUGAUUUAGAUGAUAGAGGGCACAUUGAGUACAGUGAAAGUUCAAUCAACUCUAAGAAAAAAGCUGCUGCUUCACGUUCAGAGUCUUCUACUUGAAACUUGACACUGAACUGGAGCUGAAUAUUUUCAAGCAAUUCCUUCUACUAUGAAUAAGAAUCUUUAUACAGAUACCGGUUUCAUAGAUUAAAUAAGACAGUUUACAAUCCUUUUAA